AAUUAUUUCACAAAGUGGUAAUGUGUUGGUUGUGGUUAUGGUUAUGUUGACCAUUAAAAGAAAAGAGUUGAAUUCGCAAAUUAUUAUUACCAGUGGGUUCUUUUGAGAGAUAUAUAGUGUAAAUGAGUGCACCUAAUACAAAGAUGAACUGCUUUAUUUUUGUCUAAUUUUCUGUUGUUCUCGUGUUUUUUAUCAGGCCUUGCACGAUUAAAGCUAUGUCAUUUGAUCAAGAUGAAGACGAUCAGUAUAGCCAGGGGUUUGGUGUUGGCUCAUUUCCUAAAGAUUUUGGUUAUGGAGCAUUCGAGCAAGAUGGAGACGGCCCUGGAGGACCUUUAGCUGGGGAACAAAAGCCGAGAAUUCUGCUCAUGGGUUUACGAAGAAGUGGAAAGUCUUCGAUUCAGAAAGUGGUGUUCCAAAAGAUGUCGCCCAAUGAAACAUUAUUUUUAGAAAGUACAAAUAAAAUAGUGAAAGAAGAUAUAUCGAAUUCAUCUUUUGUACAGUUUCAAAUUUGGGACUUUCCUGGUCAAAUAGACUUUUUUGACCCGAGUUUUGACUCUGAUAUGAUCUUUGGAGGGUGUGGAGCUCUAGUCUUUGUUAUUGACGCACAGGAUGAUUAUAUGGAUGCUUUGAACAAACUACACCUUACAGUCACAAAAGCGUUCAAAGUCAAUCCGGCGAUAAAGUUUGAAGUGUUUAUUCACAAAGUUGACGGGUUGACUGAAGACAACAAAAUGGAAACUCAAAGAGACAUCCACCAGAGAGCAAACGAUGAUCUGUCAGAUUCUGGGUAUGACCAGAUUCUACUUAGUUUCUACCUAACGUCAAUUUACGACCAUAGUAUAUUUGAAGCUUUUAGUAAAGUAGUGCAAAAGUUAAUCCCUCAGUUACCUACACUUGAAAAUUUACUGAACAUCCUAAUAUCUAAUUCUGCCAUUGAAAAAGCUUUCUUAUUUGAUGUUGUCUCCAAGAUAUAUAUUGCGACUGAUUCCUCCCCAGUGGAUAUGCAAAGCUAUGAACUGUGUUGUGAUAUGAUUGAUGUUGUUAUUGACGUUUCUGGAAUUUAUGGACUCCAAGAAGACCCAGAAUCGCCAGCGUUUGACGGCCAAAGUUCUAGUCUGAUAAAGCUGAACAACGGCACAAUCUUGUACCUCAGAGAGGUGAAUCGCUUCUUGGCAUUGGUGUGCAUCUUGAGAGAGGACAACUUUGACAAACAAGGUGUCAUUGACUACAACUUCCUGUGUUUCCGGGAGGCUAUACAGCAAGUGUUUGAACUGCGAAGCAAAUCAGCGACCAACAACCAUAUGCUAAACAACCACUCGGAGGCUAUAGCGACAUAGUAGACUGGGAUGCUACAGAGUAAUGGAUAUUGAUAAUCAGGGCUAUAGAGAGUGUAAAGUAAUCUGUAAUUUUGUACGACAAUUAUUUUUGUAUAAAACGUUUUGUAUAUAUUUACAUAUUGUAUAGGAGGAUCAGUCUCAAAUAGUACUGAUAAUUUUAACCGAUGUGGGGAAACGGUGUAUAUCACUUGACAUUAUUGUGUAGAUAAGAGAAAUCAGAUGAGAAAUAUGUAUAGAAAGACAUUAUGUAGAUUCUUGACUAAACCAUGCAUAGUAAUUCACGUAUAUAUUUUUUUAGUAAAUAUUUUAUUAAUGCAUGUACAAAGUUAAAAGAUUUAUAUAAAUUAUUGUGUUGUGCUUUCGUGCCUUUUUAUGUAGGUUAACAAUUCAUGUUUGAUUGUAUCUUUAUUUAUCUGUUUGUUUAUUAUUAUUGUUACUCAUUUUAAUACAUUUUGUUAACUUCUUAUUGGCAGUCGUUUUAAAUUAAUUACAAUAUGGUGAAAUUUAUGAAAUAUGGUAAUAUAAUAAAAAUGUACUAAACUAUAAAUAAAUUAUCUUCAUCAGCA